AUGGCCUCCACGGCAAGCCGGCCGCAGGCACCGAAGGUGCGUGUGAUGCGACGCCGGCCUGGGGGACUUGCCGUGCAGGUUGUGCCACAGACAAGCUUAUUGGCCAACUUGGAAUGCGAGCUACAAUGGCACAAGGCUUCCGCAAUGGGAACAUGGUCAUCAAAAAUCGUGAAGUGCGAGGAUGGGUGGGGGGUCUGCGAAGUCCUACUUGGCGAUCUCGCAUCGUGCAGCGACUAUCGGCUCCGAGCGCGCUUUCGAAACGCCGUGGGCUGGGCCGAGGACUUCUCGGCGGAAGCCUUCGGCCGCACCUCCGAGAGCGCCGCGGCACCUUCGGAUCUCCGUCUGGCGGCCAGGCAUCCCGGCCGAGUGAUCUUGGAGUGCUCCCUGGCAGACCCCGAGGGCGCUCCGGUCACCAGCCUGGAGGUGCAGCUCUGCGGGCAGGUCACCUGGAGAGACAUUCCAAGCACCUCCACUGCGGCCACAGCGAGCUGGGACUGGGAUGACCUGGGUGGCGGACCCCCGCGCGUGGUGCAGGUCGAGGUGGCCCUACCCAGUGACCAGGUCAGCCAGCUGCGUGUGUGGUCCCGCAACAUUGUGGGCAGGUCUCUUUUGCCGUCCCCGGCGCUGCUUUGCCAGCCCUCUUCCAGGCCGGGAGCGGUGUCCGAGCUUCACUGUCCACGUCGGGGCCUCGAUUCUUUGCAGCUGGACUGGUCGACCUACGAUCCGGAGGGAGCUCCGGUCCACGAGUGCAGCGUCGAGUUCUGGCCGGAGGGCGCCUUGUGGCCGACGACGCAGUCACUGACGUGGUGCGGACACGUCAGGAUGGUCCAUCGAUCUGGAAGGCCUCUUUAG